AUGGCUUCCUCUCCGAAGUGGCGUCCCGGGAAACGGAUUGCCAUCGUUGGAGGAGGACCCGGUUCAAUCUCCAGUGGCCUAGCUUUGAUUCAACGAGGCUACGAUGUGAAGAUCUUUGAGCGGCAGCCGGAAUGUAAAGCGAUUGGAGGUGCAGUCCUGCUAUCAACUCCCGUCCUGGCGAUUCUUCGAUCCUAUGGCUUGAACUUGGACAAUGUCGGUUCCUACACUGUCACUUAUUUCAAGAAUAAACAGGGACUGGAACGCGUUAAGCUGCCAUUCAAUGCGGAGGUUGAGAAACGCAUGGGUAUCAAAGGCUGGCACUAUGGCGUCCUCCGUUCAUCGAUAUUUGAAAAAGUCCUGAACCUUGUCCCGGAAGGUGUUAUUCAGGCCGAUCAUGAGUUCACUUCUUACACGGAGCGCGGUGAUGGCAUUGAGAUCUCUUUCGCAAAUGGCCUCCAAGUCACGGCCGAUAUUCUCAUUGGCGCUGACGGAAUCCACUCAAAAGUCUCGCGACAAGCCUUUGGUGAGCCUCGUCUGUUCCACACCGGGAUUCGUCUUUGGCUCGCUUGGUGCGACCAUAUACCGGGUAUUCCCGAAAACUACGGUGUUAUUGCGCAUGACUGGCAAUAUCAGGCUAGUUUUUUCCCAAUGCUUCAUAACGGCAAGCCAGGAUUUGAGUGGUGGGUGGUCGAGCCAUCGUGGGAUGGGAAGCCUAUCCCAGAUGAUCCUAAAACGCAUCUCACCGGAAUCCUCAAGGAUUGGGCACAGCCUAUGCCUCGUUUUCUCGAAGCCACCGACUUCGAAACUCAAGUAUACCGAUGGGAAAUCUUCAACCGACCUUCUAUGAAAAAGUGGUCUGCCGGAAAGGUCGUAUGCGUUGGUGAUGCCGUGCAUCCGGUAUCGCCAUAUGCGGCGUAUGGUAUGGGUAUGGCAAUUGAAGACGGUUAUUUUCUUGCUAAGGCCCUCGACGGUGUUGAUUUACGCGACUCGCUAGCAGUCAGCGCCGCAUUUGAGAUCUACGAGGAACAAAGAGUCGAUUAUGUCAAUCACAACAUGGAAUUUGCACGUUUCCUUGGCAGGAUGUUCCACUCCUUGCCUCGGCCCCUCGCGAAUAUUCGCGACUUGAUCUUUGACUACACUCCGGUGCUUAGUAGGUUUCUUGGGAAGGGAUACCUGAAGAAAGCCGAAGAGGAAACACUAAGCUUGAAAGAGUUGCAAGUAACCUGA